AUGCAAAAUACAAUUAACCAUGGGUUAUGCGUCCAAGAAAUAUAUGUUAAUACAAUAUAAUAUUAAUAAUACUUUCAUUUACGAAGUGGUUAGCAGCAAGUCGGUAUUGUGUAAUAAAGAGACUGUGAGAGAAGGUGAUACAGUAUCCGUAAUAUGUGGAAUCAUAACGAAAGAAGCGAGUAUCAUUUCAAUAUCUGAUGAUAUAACCAGUUUGGGUCUAGAAAAAAUUUCUAUACUGAAAUCUUCGGCUAGGAAGAGUUUAAAUUUUGAACUAAAAAGUAAAGUUUUAGACAAGCCAAUUUUUCUUAAUGAAAACUUUCAUCAUCAGACCCAAGAAAACAUCCAGAAAGAACAUUCACUAAACACAAAAGAAAACAAUAACAUUGAACAAUCUUAUUGUAAUAAAACGAAAGAACUACAAAAUAUUAUUUAUGACAAAAGUAAAGAAAAUAAUCUAAAUUUUGUUGAAGAAUCUAUAGGAAUAUCAUCGAAAUAUAUAUAUUUUGGACAAAAUAAUACACGUAUUCCUAAGGACGUGUUUUUCUCGAUUGAUUGGACUUGUUAUAAACUGGCGACACGUAGGUUAUUGCUCGAAAUAUUUCCUAAAAAUGUUUUGGCCACUCACAGCCUUAGUGCGAAAGAAGGGACUAAGUUUAUGCAACGAAUCAAAUCACCUAAACCGGUAUUAAACGUCAAAAUUAUAGAAGACAUCAUUUCUGUAGUUUGUGAGAAAUGCAAAUGCACACCUACACUUGUCAGAACUGCUAUAGCAUACAAAUGUGGAAAUGUGAGUAAAAGGAUGAAAAUCCAUGCUGAGAAGGAUUCGAUGUAUGAGUAUUUUUAUGUAAAUAGGAACAUUAUGAAAUAGCUACGUUAUUUAUUUAUAAAUAUGAAGAAAAACCUUGAUAAAACGUUAUUCUUAUCAAUUUGUUCAUAGUUAAAUAAACUUCAGUUUUAUACUUGUAGAUUGUUUUAAACAACGUAUUAAAUAU